AUGGCGGGGUUCGAGGUUAGAAUGUGCAAUAGCCAAAAGGGUAAGGGCCUCUUUGCUACAAAGGAGUUUUUGCCGGGAGAUGUAAUUUUAGAAGAGGAACCAUUAGUUUCUUGUCAGUUUGCUCAUAAUGCUGCAUACAGAUAUUUAGCCUGUGACCAUUGCAUGAGACCUUUAGAAACACCAGAACAGAAUGUAAGGCGCCUGUCAGCCAAACAGGAUAUAAUUUUACCACAUUCCAACUGUUUUGAGACUGAUCUUUUGAAUAUCACAAGCUGUAAUCAAUGUGGUAUAUUAUAUUGUUCUCAAGAAUGCAAGGAGAUAUCAUAUGCAACUUAUCACCGGAGCUUGUGUUAUAUACAAAGUGAAGUUCUGCAUCCAAUUAGUGUGCUUGUUGAGACUUGGAAACAAAUCCAUUAUCCUCCUGAGACUACCAACAUUAUGUUAGUCGUCCGUUUAUUGGCAUAUAUCCAGCAACAUGAUGACCCGGCCCUAGCUGCAGAAAAUGUCAAACAGUUCUGUCAUAGAACAAUCAAUGAAGAUGCAGAGCUUGUACACAAAUUGUUAGGAGAAAAGUUCAGUGACCAGUUGAAUACAUUGAGGGAAAUGACAGCUAAUGUUAUUAGAGGAGAAUAUAUAGAUGAGUUCCUAACCCCAGAAGGAUUUUCCUCUUUAAUGGCUCUUGUGGGUACAAAUGGUCAGGGUAUUGGCACAAGUCCCUUAGCACUGUGGGUGAAUUCAGUGUCUCAAUUGACCAUGUCAGAUGACGAAAGGCAGCAACUAGAUGUUUUUAUAGAUAAAAUAUAUCAAUAUGUUGAAGAAGAAUCAGGCCAGUUCCUUAACACAGAAGGUUCAGGUUUAUAUCAACUUCAAAGUGCUUGCAAUCACAGUUGCGCUCCAAAUGCUGAAUCAUCGUUCCCAUAUGGAAACCACAGAAUACAGCUCAAAGCUAUAAGACAUAUUAAGCCGGGUGAUGAAAUACACAUAAGUUAUUUGGAUGAUUGCACUCUACAAAGGUCUAGACAUUCAAGACAGAGGGUAAGUACCUUAAAAUAUUCAAAUAUAUUUUAUUUUCUUUCUCAAUUAUCUUAUACUAAUAUUAUAAAGCUGAAGAGUUUGUUUGUUUGCUUGAAAGCGCUAAUCUCCGAAACUACUGUUUCGAAUUGA